GCCUGACUCAAACCGAAACAACCGAGGCAGAAAGACACGACUACACGAGGCAAGAGGACGCGUUUCUGUCGUUUUUUUGAGUUCCACGCCCCGGAGAAGUGUUUUUUGGGACGAUACGUGGUUGGUUUUGAGAUGGGCAGUGGGUGUUUACGCGCUGCAGACUGCUCCAACACCAGCAGCACGCUUUGGCUUUGACAGAAAUGCGCCGCUCGUGUUGUUUCGCUGUGUUGUAACGCACGUAGCAUGGCAGGGGUACGCGCUUCGGACGCAUUCUUAUCAUCGGGGCACGUUCUGGAUCCUCUUGGUCAAGGUGCGACCAGUUUAGUGCCCGCCACGGAGGCGAUGGCAGCGGCGGCAGCAGCGAGAGAGACGGCCCCGAGUCCUCUUCUCAGCGCAGCCCGGGUUUAUCUGGACGCUCCAUCCGCUGCUGCGCAUGGCUACGGAACCGGGCAAGGAGUGUUCACCAACACCAACGGCCGCUACCGGGAGGGGGGCAGCCGGGAGAGCUCCGCCGAAAGAGGCACCUCCGCAACCACCAACACUAACACCACCACCAGCAGCACCACCAACGCCGCGGCUGGGAACGCACCCUGCGGCAUCAUGAAGGAUGGCUCCAAGCAGAAGCAGGUGCGGAAGAAGACUGUCUCCUUCAGCUCGAUGCCCAGCGAUCGUAAAAUCAACAGCACUGCGGCUUGCAUGGCCUUUAUGAUGGAGGGCUGCGAGAUGAAGAAAGUCCGAUCCAACUCCCGCAUGUACAACCGCUACUUCCUCCUCGACCCUGACAUGCGCUGGUUACGGUGGGAGCCUUCCAAAAAGGAUUCGGAAAAAGCCAAAUUGGAAAUCAAAAGCAUUAAGGAAGUUCGAUUGGGAAAGAAAACGCCAGUACUUCGCAGCAAUGGACUCUCUGACCAAUUUCCAGAUGAAUGCGCUUUCUCGAUUAUCUAUGGCGACAACUACGAGUCCUUAGAUUUGGUUGCUAGCACCGCAGAUGUGGUUAGCACUUGGGUAAUGGGGUUGAGGUAUCUAGUAUCUUACGGUAGGCAUACAGUUAACAUGGUGGAACCUAACCAACCGAGUUUGCGAACAUCUUGGAUCGGAUCUGUUUUCGAACUAGCCGACACCGACAAAGAAGGGCAUAUAGAUUUGUUCAGGGCAACGCAAAUUAUAAAGGGACUAAACCCAGGGAUGAAAGAAGCGCUUAUCGAGCUAAAAUUCAAGGAGCUACAAAAAGCAAAAGACCAAUACGGCGAAGCAAUCAACAUGGAUACAUUUGUGGAGGCGUAUUGCGAGCUGUGUACGAGACCAGAGAUAUUUUUUUUGAUGGUACAGUUCUCAAGCAACAAGGAGUAUCUGGAUAGCAAAGACCUGAUGCUUUUUGUUGAGGUUGAGCAAGGAGUGGAAUGCGUGAACGAAGAACUGUGCAGGGAAAUCGUGCAAAAGUUCGAACCGUCAUUGGAGGGCAGAGAACGUGGGUAUCUCUCCAUAGACGGAUUCACGCACUACCUCUUAUCGUCCGAAUGCCACAUUUUUGACCCCCAACACAAACGGGUAUGCCAGGAUAUGACGCAACCGCUGUCGCACUACUAUAUCAACUCUUCCCACAAUGCAUCGCUUCUUGAAGACCAUUUUUGGGGUUCUUCAGAUAUUAGCAGCUACAUCCGAGCUUUGCGAAUGGGUUGUAGAAGUAUCGAGGUGAUCGUGUGGAACGGCCCCGACAACGAACCGGUGGUCUACAUAGGAAGUUCUGUCGCGUCUCAGCUAGCGUUCUCAAAAAUCCUAGAUAUUAUAAACCAAUAUGCAUUUGAAAGUUCAGAAUAUCCGCUGAUUCUCUGUUUGGUGACGCAUUGCUCUAUACCCCAGCAAAGAGUCAUGGCCCAACACAUAAAAAAGAUACUUGGGGAUAAAUUAUACCUCCAAAUGCCAAGUAAGGAAGAAAACUACCUACUGUCACCUGAAAAACUGAAAGGCAAAAUUCUUAUUAAGGGUAAAAAACUGCCCCCUAGCUGCCCGGAUAGCGAGGGGGAUGUUACAGAUGAGGAAGAAGGCUUAGAAAUGUCCAGAAGAGUUGGCGUAGAUGACAAAGACCAGCUAAACGGUUUGGGAUUCAAAAGACUUAGACUUUGCCGGGAGCUUUCCGAUCUCGUAACUCUCUGCAAGUCCGUACAGUUCAGGGAUUUUGACAUUUCCAAAAGGGAGCAGAAAUACUGGGAAAUUUGCUCCUUCAACGAGGUGGAUGCUAACCGCUUCGCCAAUGAAUUCCCGGAGGAGUUUGUCUGUUACAAUAAGCGCUUUCUGUCCCGGGUAUACCCCACUCCAAUGCGAAUCGAUGCCAGUAACAUGAACCCUCAGGAUUUUUGGAAGUGCGGUUGCCAGAUAGUCGCGAUGAACUAUCAAACUCCAGGACUGAUGAUGGAUCUAAACUUGGGUUGGUUCAGGCAAAAUGGGAACUGUGGGUAUGUUUUACGACCAGCCAUCAUGAGAGAGGAGGUGUCCUACUUCAGUGCCAAUGCAAGGGACUCGCUACCAGGUGUUUCUGCGCAACUUCUUCAUAUAAAAGUGAUCAGUGGGCAAAACUUACCCAAGCCACGUGGGUCUGCGGCUAAAGGGGAUGUAGUAGAGCCAUACAUAUACGUCGAAAUACACGGCAUACCAGCUGAUUGCGCAGAGCAACGAACCAAAACAGUCUCGCAAAAUGGCGACAACCCCAUUUUUGACGAAAGUUUUGAGUUUCAGAUCAACUUACCCGAACUAGCCGUGCUAAGAUUUGUAGUUCUUGAUGAUGACUACAUUGGAGAUGAGUUUAUCGGGCAAUACACAAUCCCGUUUGAAUGCCUGCAACCAGGAUAUAGGCAUGUCCCGCUCCAGUCGUUAACUGGGGAGUUUCUGGCCAAUACAACUUUGUUCGUCCAUGUAGCCAUCACAAACAGAAGAGGAGGUGGAAAAGCGCAUAAGAGAGGUAUUUCGGUGAGAAAAGGGAGGAAAGCGCGAGAGUACACCACCACCAAAACUACAGGGAUUAAAGUCGUUGAUGAACUGUUCAGAGCAUCAACGCAGCCGCUCAGAGAAGCCACGGACCUCAGAGAAAACGUACAGAAUGCCAUGGUGUCAUUCAAAGAGCUGUGUGGCCUGACCCCUGCUGCCAACAUGAAGCAGUGCAUCCUGACCGUGUCCACGUGGCUCAUGAACAGUGAGCGCUCUCUGAAGGUGACAGUGGACCUGAGCGGGCCCUAUCCCGCAAUGGAGGCUCAGGGGCCAGUGCCCGAGCUGCUACGCAAGGUCCUCAAUGCCUACGACAUGAUGAUCCAGACCAGCAGGACCCUGAUUGAGUCUGCAGACCUGGUCUACUCCAAACUCACACAAGCACAACGCGCAGGUCUGGAUUUCCAUGAAGACCUCCACCGGAUCGGAGCGAAAGAGGGUCUGAAGGGCCGUAAACUGCAGAAGGCCCUGGAGAGCUACGCCUGGAACAUCACAGUACUCAAGGGCCAGGCUGACCUCCUCAAACACGCCAAGAGCGAAGCACUGGAUACGCUUCGUCAGAUCCACUGUGCAGCUCAGUCAUGUGGCCUCAGCAAGAACGGCACCGCGUCUCCACAACUGCCCCACCACCCCUUCCACCAAAACGUACCCCAAAGCUUGCCAACUACCCCUCAACCACCCCAGCCUAUCCUGACCCCCGAGUUCCCCCAGCAACACCCGAUUCAACCAGCUCUCUCAAUGCAAAACCCUUCAAACCAGUCCAAGAUCCACCCGCAGCCUCCACCGCCCCCUCUGCUCCAGUACCAACACCAAAUGCAGAGCACGACCCUGGCUUACAUCCCCACAGCUCCCCCCUCGAUGGUCCAGCCUCUCCCAGUUAAACCACCAGCGUAUCCGCAACCGCCAACACUACCACAGUAUCACCAGCAGAGGGCGGCAGACGCGAUACCGGAGAAAGAUGGCACCGCUACGAUUGUGGGGCACGCGGUGGGACAUUGCUGACCUGCAGCCUGUGCUCACAGAGCCACCCGCCCGGAGGAAGCAAACAAACAGGAAACAGAAAGUGUGAAACAGGAAGUAGAUGGUGAAGGACAGGAAGUGGUACUAGUGAGGAGGAAUAGGCGAGCUAGGAGUGAGACGCAGGUUUAAAAAUAUUCUAUAAGGGACCGUACGAGAUUUUAAAAAGAGACUGGUAGAUACCCAGGCCAACAUUUUGAAGAAGUACAUCAUCAUUUUGUCAAGGAAAAUACAUUAAAUUCAAAAUAAUUUUACUCAAAACACUUAAGUCACUACGUUUACAUGCACGCUAGGACAACUGGAUAACUUAAUAUCUUGUAGUCCCUUGUUUCCAUUUACCUGCUGUAGACUGGGGAAAGAGUGAUCCAGAGAGACGUUUUGAGGCGAAUUUGAUUCGGUUGUUUAGCGCACUCGGGGUUCUCUGGGCAUGUCAACGUAUUGCUUAUUAUAUUGGCCAAUGGAGUUGAAGUGUCUUAACCAAUCCGUGUAUGUGCUGUUAUUGGUUCCUAAUUUUAAAGUGUGUGUGUCCAGAUACUUAUACACAUCCUUCAGUUAAAUUAAGUUUUUAAAUAUUUGUUUGAUUAUAUAAAUUUACGUUGAUGAUCCCGGGCAUUAUUUUUCUUACUUUUUAAAUAACAACUCAAUGACUACCUUGGGGUAUCUCAUAGACUAUAUAUAUAAAUGGACAUAGCUAACAUGCUAGUCGCUGUGUUCCAAAUAGGAAGUGCGAUUGGUUGCUCUUCCAGCUCCAUCGACUCCAUCGGCUCCAAUUCACUUUACAUUAGAAAACUUUCGCCAAUUCCUCCGUACAUGCUGCUUUCAGGUGUUAAAAUGGUCGGAUUAACCUGUUCUACAUGAUCUUGGUAUUUUUAUUUCAUUAUUGUAUCUGCAAAUCAAGACAUGAACAUGAAUGAGACGAAUCAGGCGCCUUCUUUCCCUGAGGUCACUCUCGCUAGCGUUAGCAACAGGUUUGAUUGACAGUGUUGCUAUGCACCUGCCCCCUGUCAAACCAGCAAUGUGGGCGGGAAGAGGCGUUACCUUCGACAACCUCGCUCCUGAUUGGAUCUUUAGUUGCUAUGAUACUAAUAGGAUGAGCUUAAUUUAAUUGGAGCCAAACGCUAUGUUCUCUUGUUUAUACAGUCUAUGGGGUAACUACAAUUGGACUGACAAAACACAUAUUUAACAGAGAUGAACAGGUUUAAAGAUGAAGUUGUCAAAUCAGGUCAGAUUCCUCAAGAACUACCUUUUUUCUUCUUACAAACUGCGAUAGGUCACUUCCCUUCAGUUUAGCUAUAUAAUAAUGUAGAGACCCAAUUAUAUAUGUUUUGUAGUAUUUUUUGACCCAAUUUCAGUUGUUCUUUCUAAAUUAGUCAUGUUUUAGCUGCAUUUUAGCCAUUUUAAUUCUUACCGGACAUCAAACUACUUUUUUUGUUUGUUUGUUCUAUUCUUUAAAUGUGCUAAUUCAACGUUAGGACCAUUUCUUCUCACUUGCCUCUACAGCAUUUUCCUUUUCUUCCUUCUACAGAAAUGGGACGCAGCCACAGCAUGCUAGCUAGCGCCGCCUACUGUAUCUGUCGACCUCUUUUUGAAAAUCCCGUACUGUCCCUUUAAAUCGUGAGAGAGCCAUGAGACCUGAUGGUCCACUCACACCUCUGCAGCUGCAAAAUCACUUAGUUUCUCAGUUACAAACAGACGGCCGCCAUUUGGACUGAAAUCUCUGGCUCAUUUUCACUGUUGAAUUGUACUACUGCAUGAACCUGGAGGGUGUUGACAGAAUGGCUUCCUUUUGGGCAGGGGUACGAGUUUCACCGCUACACCACGAGCUCUGUGGGUGCAGGCUAUACCUCAUUUUAGGCGUUUUUCAAUGCCGCUAACUUUGCCUUCUCAUUUUUAUACUUAGUUUGGCAUGUCUUUGGCUUUUACUUUCUCACAAUAGAGCGCUGUGCAAAAGGAAUGGACGGUUUUAAUAUGAGCAGAAAAGUUGUUACGGUAAAUGUAGUGAAUGAUUAUUUAACUAUAACUUAACGACUUUGUGUACCCAGAUUCAACUCAAACGUAUAGUCCUAAUAACCACUGAACAGUAUCAUUUGUUAUUUAAGUAAUCAGUGGAAAGAUAAUUCUACGAAAUGUUGAUCUAAGAUAUUUUAACUAGAGAUUCACUGAUACGGGUUUUUUUCAUGGCCGAUGCUGAUAUGGAUUGUUUAGAAUACAGAGACAUCGAUGGGCGAUAAGCUCUGAUGGUAUUUUUGGGAUUUUUACUACAAACUUCCCCCAAGCCAUUUUUAAUCACACAUUUAUAAGAGAGCUGUGUGGCAACGUUUGGCACAGCUGUCUCUUCAUAUUAAAGUGUUAAUAUCGGCCCAGUAUAUUGACCUACUGAUAUAUGGGUCUGUCUCUAAUUUUGACUUCUGUGUAAUCCUGGCAAUGUCCAGACCAGAUUUAGUUCUGCUUUAAUCCAGUUUGCACAUUCCAGGACAUUUUAAAGGAACUGUAUACAACUGAACCUGUGUUACCAGAGUCUCAACCUGCAGAUAGAGACACAUACAAGUCUUUUUCAUUCUCAGUUUAUGGACAGGCCUCAUGUGAAAACUCAGAACCUCCAAAAUUCACACACUGAGCUGUAGAGGCUGCACUAGCACUGAUUCAUGACCGGCUGCAGGUGCUGGGCUUUAGGUAGUGACCAUUCAGAUCAGAGAGUCAUUUUAGGCAGCCUUGUCACGAUAACAAAUGUUGAAGUGCACAUAUUGCUGAAAUAAAUAUAGACGUUAAGUGAUAAUAUUGAAGCUCAUUCAUGGCAGUGACACAAUAACCCAAGAGCAGAUUUAAAACACAAAAACUAUACUAAAUCUACAAUAUUGUUCAAAAUCAUGAGUUGCAGUAAAUAAACAGCACAAUGAAACACUUUAGUGCUCAGUUUGUAUCUGUAAUAAGUCAUAGAAGUGAUUUAUCCAACCUUUUUACGGCUCCAAUCUUAUUGUAUAGCCAAAAAAUAACCAAAAAUUCCCCAGUAAUGCAAAAAAAAAGGACAUAUGAUAAAUAUUGAGGCCAAAAAUAUUGUUCCAGGACUGUUUUUUGGUUUAAAACAACUGGAUUUCAGCAUUGAAACUGGCAACCCAAGGCGCAUUCUGUUGCCUGAUUGGAACCAAAAGCACCAAAUUAUAACAAACAACAUGAAGCUAUGACUGAAUCAACAUUACAAUUGUUACUAGUAAAAGCUAUAUUUGAUUUGAACCUGUUUACCUCCUAUCUGGGGACACAGCCAUGUUUAUGAGAUUUUAAAAUUCCUUUAAAUUGCAAUAACAAAUGCUCAAAAUUUGUAAGUAAUUUCCAAACUUCCUUCUUUUGGCACAGCGCUGUAGGUUUUAUUAUAACUCACAUAAUGCUUUUUAGUGAAUGGGACUUUUCUUGUCUUCUUUUUAAAUGCACAACGUAGAACGAGCACAAGGCAGGGAGUGGUAGUCCUAAAGACGACGUCAUAAACAUGCUCCUAAAAGUGGGAGGGGGCAUGGAGUUCACCAGCCAAUCAAAAAACUGGAAUGGACCGGUCUGACCAAUAGAAGCGUCUUACUGCUGUCACCAUAGAUGUAAACUUAUUGUAAAAUGUAUGAAGGGUAUAUAUUGCUAUUAUAAUAUGAAUAAUAACAGUAUAAUUGCAGACAGAGAUAUAAAUAAUAAUAAUAAUAAUGUUGUUAGUUUUGUUGAAAUGUUCUUUUUUUAACUUUGUUUUCACUUGAACAGUAAUAAUUUUCAUUUGACAUAUGUGGUAAUCUGAUGGGCACAUGAGGGUCGGACCAAACCUGAUGAAAUGUGUUUCACUGCAAAAUGAGUGUACAAAUGUCUCAUUAAACUGGCUUCAUGGUUU